GUACGGACCACGUAGCAUGUGUAGAUAGCUUAACAAGCUCAUAUAAAACGGUUAGAAGAUAAUCACGUAUGUGUUUUUAGAUAUCAUUUUUCAAUAUUAUCCCGGUACAAUCAUUCAAACAUGUGUCUGUCACCGAAAUACGGCACCUCGUAAAUAUUUUAUUUUAAUUGAGAUUUACCUUACUUUUACUUUAGAACUUAAGUUACUGCUUUGAUUUGCAACCUCUACCUCGCUGUCAGUGAGCAUACGGUAAACAGUCUUUCAUUCAACAACAGGAAGCUGCUCGUUUGUGGAACAUUCGAGGACGGCGACCAGUGCCUCAGUGUCGUACCAUCCGGCUGGGAUGGGAGUGUGACGGAGUUCUCUACUGGCCAAACACCGCCAACAACGCCAAACUGAUUCGAAAUCAAUAUUCCAUACCGACGAUCAAAUGGCAGCAAAUUCCAUGCACUAAGAAGCGUGAAUUUCAAACAAAAGCUGAAGCAGAUGCCGAGCUUGCAAAAAUGGAAGCUUAUUCGGGCACAGAAAAGGAGGAGUACUUAAACAAUUUCUCUUCGCUUACUAUGAAGGAGCCUCGAUGGCAGAUCACACCGAUUAAUGUUGACCAAAAAUGUAUCCGUAAGGAUUUUAAUCAGUUCGUUCCUUCCGAUUCUGCACUGCAAAACGCAUUUCUGCAGUCAAGUUUAGUCAAUCAAAAUCAAGAUGAAUCGCGAAAGCAAACGGAAUCAUUACUGACUGAUGAUGUUUUCGAGAAUGUAGUGUAUGCGAACCAAGAUUCCAAUGACGGAACAAUCGUAAUCCAAUCGAUCAGUCAGCCAUCACCAAACGACACUGGUGCCAAUCAAGCUGUCAUCAUUGAAAGUUUGGCGAAUAUCGUCGUCACCCUUGCCCAGUUGAAAACUGGUUUGGAUUUUCUUAACACCAAAGUGGAGAAAAUUGAAUCUCUUUUAGAGUUUCGAGACAACGUUUCGCUUAUUACUACUGACGAAAAUUUCAAGCCAGUGGAUUCAAAAGAAACGCUGAUUGCUUUAGAAGCGAGCUUGGAUAACGAAAAAGUAAUGGCUAACUAUAUAUCUUUUAAUCGACCUGGUAAUGACACGGCAAUUUUUGACGCAGUGCUCUUGGACGGGAAUGUCCAGAGAUCAUACACCAUCGGAACAUACCGGAUCAGUGGAGUCUCAAAUGAAAGUUCCUUUUAUGGUUUACACUAAAGUGCGUAAACUGUUUCUAAGGCUGAUCUUGCAAGCUGACAGCGCGUUUACUUCAGUUAUGUGCGAUGUUUUUUUUUAAAGCACUGAAGAAUAGCAAGCAACGUUUGCUAUCGAAAACAGUUUCUAAGCACAAGAAUCGCCCAAAAAACCUACAAUAUAGUAUCCGCCAACAUGAAGUUCAGCCGAUUGCUGCCCAGAUGAGAUCUAAUAUUGUAAACACCGGAUAGAAAAACUGAAUCCAAGUUUGACGUAAAUAACAAAAUGUAUUUCUGUACAUAAUU